GCUCUGGGCGUAUGGGUCAAUUUGAUUUGCCAUAUGCAUGUUUUGCCUGCCCGGUUGGCCCGGACUGAUGCCGUGGGGACCUCAUCAGCCCCCCAAGAGCCCUACCAUCUUCCCGGGACCGGCAUUACUCCUGCUGAGAAAACCAAGGAGCAAGUCCUUGAUCCUCAGCCAUGCUCGGAUCUGACUUCACGGGCUGCUACAGUCGCCACGCCCGACGACGCCGGCCAACCCUCACCCAAACCGCGCACGGCUCCCGGGGCAAGGGCCGGUCGGCCAACUCUGUUCUGGAUCCAUGCGAAUCCAAAAUCAAUCUCGAAGGGCACCCGGGCCGAGGACCUGAAACGGAUUCGCUCCCAUGUCAUGUCCGAGCAUAAUCGCAAGAAAAGGCUCGCUAGCACGCAGUUACAUAAACGCCGAACCUGGAAACAGGUCGCUUUCCGAUCUGCGCCGGUCAAGCCCGAUUCCGGCCCCCACGGACAGGCACAGGCACAGGCACCGACACCGGCACAGGAGCAGUCGGCUGUCCUUCCAAGCCAGGAAAAAGGUACAGAGGUGCUGUCAUCAGUCUCGUCCCUGAUUCCCCGGGGCUUGGGCCUGCAAUCGGCCAUUGACCCUUUCAACACUUCCCACACCCCUCUUACCGAUCGCAUGAUGCGACAUUUGCAGCAUUUUCUAGUUGAUCUGUCACAAGACGGUGUUCCAUUCCAGAGUGGACGGCUCGACAAGAUCAAGAUGCAUUGGGGGAAAUUGAUCCAAAACAAUGCGGCCUGUCUUCAUGCCUGCAUCUGUGUCGCUUCCUCGGAUAUCGCUCUCCGGACACGUGAACUGCCUCUCAAGGCUUCCCGUAACAAGGGAUUCAGCGCGCUGCUGCUCGAUACUUUUCACCAUCGGGGCGAGACCAUUCGACUUGUCAACAGUGGUCUCUCGGACCCGGCUAGAGCAGCCAGUGAUGGGCUGAUUGCGUCUGUCUCGAUGCUGCUGACAAUCGAGAUUGCCACGGGUACGCCAGCCUAUCUGAAAAUGCACCUCGCCGGGCUACGGCAAAUGGUGGGACUGCGCAAGAGUUUCAUAGACGUUCCGUAUCCCGUACGAUAUCAGAUUUCAUGGACCGAUAGCCGCGUCGCAUGUAUGAGUCUUACCAAGCCGAUCUUCCCCCCGGUCCGCAACCCUCGGCCUGAAACACACCCGAUUCCACCCCCGACCGCGCAUCUCGCGCGCCUCGGAACCGCGUUGCUUCAACUUUCGCACUGCCCCGGGGCCACCAUCAGCCCGAAGCUCGCCGAGAUCAUUCACGAUCUGGUGCAGCUGACCUGGUACGCCGAGGCCAUUCACGCGGCCGAAUCCGACUCCCCACCGCUCUACGACGACGACGACGAGCCGACCGAAGACUAUUUCAACGGGGAGGUCCUGUACGUCGAAUACAUGCUGCUCAGCGACCGCUACACGGCGACGGGGCUGGCCAAGGACGAUGACGCGUCGAUCGAGGGCUGCGUGCGCCUGGCCUGCCUCCUGUUCCACAACAGCACCCUCUGGUCUUUCUACCCCUCCAUGGCCGGCCUCUUCCCGCAACCCAUCCGCGCGCUCCGCGUCGCCCUGGAGCAGCUCCUCGAUCCCGCCCGCGGAGCGUCCCCGAUCAUUCCACUCCCGGCGGCGUAUCCGAACCUGCUGCUCUGGGUCCUGGUCAUGGGCGCGUGCAGCUGCAGCAGCAGCUGCAGCAGCGCCAGCGCCAACGUUAGCGCCGCCCUGGCACCCGAGCGCGCUUUCUUCGUCCGGACCCUGGCGCGGGCGCUGCACGCCCACGCCGUCACCUCCCCGGAUGAGCUUCGCCGCCGGCUCGGGUUGUUCUUCUACCUCGAUCGGUGCUAUUUGGCCGAGCUGCGGGGUCUGUGGGAGGAGCUGCGCGCGGUGCCGUCGCAGCCUUGAAGCUGCCGUGUCAAGCUGGGAGGGCCGUAACUUGGUUGAACUGUAUAGUGUAUACCUCAGUCUACCUGGUGUACUGCACCUUGUGGUUGCUUUCCACCUCACACGAUACAACAUAGGCGGUCUAGGUGUAUCAGAAGUCGGAGUAUAGAGCUUAGCAUACUGUUUUUCUUUUGUUUCUCUAGGCUGCCUGUAGCUAUAUGAUGAAACACGGUCUUACAC